AUGAAGUGGGCUUACAAAGAAGAGAACAACUUUGAGAAGAGACGUGCGGAAGGUGACAAGAUCAGGAGGAAGUACCCUGACAGAAUCCCUGUAAUUGUUGAAAGAGCCCCCAAGUCUCGACUCCGAGACCUUGACAAAAAGAAGUACUUGGUGCCCUCGGAUCUCACUGUUGGGCAGUUCUACUUUUUAAUCAGAAAGAGGAUUCAUCUUCGACCAGAAGAUGCGUUAUUCUUUUUUGUAAACAACGUCAUUCCACAGACCAUGACCACGAUGGGUCAAUUGUAUCAGUGUAAUGGGCAGUUUUGUGGCGUGCAUCUGGUGCGAGCUAGGUUAGCGUAG